AUGAUAAUCACGCCCGACAGCCCGGUCUUGAUCACGAAUGGCGCAAGGAUUGGGGAUGCCGCCGUUGCGCCAGUUGGCAACCCGGUCGGAAACAAUCCGAACGUUGACCACCCUCAACGUCGGCCUACCUACGACAGACUUGGCUCGAGUGUACCAUUCCAUGGCGAUCUCGACUCCUUCAAGAACAUCCUCAUUGCAACCUCGAAUUCCAAUAGGCCAUCAAAUGGGACGGAAUUCCACAGUGAGUUCCACGUUCAGUACCUCCACCCACCGUUCUUUUCCAUUGCUCGCCCUCAGCGACUUCGAGGGUCGCCGUCGAUCAAUUGA